AUGGGUGGAUGUGCCGCAGAAUUUUGUAACAAUAGCUCUGCAAAGGGCUAUAUCAUGAAGAUAUUCCCAAGAGAUAAGCAUCGUCGAGAGCAAUGGGUUAAAAAUAUGAAUCGUCCAAAUUGGACGCCAACAAAUAGUUCUUACUUGUGCGAGGUGCAUUUUGCUCCUGAAAUGUGGGAGCCGAACAGGAUUGAUAAUAAAAGAAAAUUGAAACCACACGCUGUACCAACCAUUUUUGGUUUUUUUAUAACAAAAAGAGUAUCCUUUCAAGAACCUAUACAUAGAGAGAACUUACAGAAACCUACAGAAAACCUAGUAGAGAGAGAGCAUAUUAUUCAUGAUGUUCAAAAUCAAGAUCAAAGUGAACAAGAAGUAGGUGUGAGAUAA